AUGACUUCAGAUAUGCGACAGAAGCGCACUAUGAUGAAUUGGGGAUUUCAGUGUCAAUGCGAGGUCUGUCAACCUGCUGGAUUGAAAGAGGUGCAGGACCUAGUGCGAUCCACAGAUGACGGCAACAUGUCGGAUGCGGAUAUGGCAGCACUGGUUGGACCAGAUAAAAUGGCAUUGCUGGAGUGGAAGUUUGAAUCCAAUCAGCGGCGGCAGAGGCUCCAUGAGCUGAAUACCCGAUUGAACGCAGCAUCAUCAUUGGCUAUGGUGAAGCGAAUUGUGGAAGAAAUGGACAGCUUGUAUAGAAAGGAAAAGAUUUUGCCACACCUGCUGGUAGAGGUACAGAUUGCUUUGGACCUUCUGCAGGCUCAUGUUGGCUUUGGUGGACAAGAGGUUAAGAAGUGGUGCAAGACCUUGUACAACACCAAACGUUUGUUGGCAGGCGAGAAGGAUCCUAAAACGAAGAAGGUCAAAGAGUGGUUGUCGCGGUCUCCUAGCAUCAAGGAGGUCAUUGACUUUGCCAAUUCUUCAGACUAG